UCUGGCAUAUAAAACGAUUGUAUAGCAGGGAAGAGGAAAAAUAGAAGAAUGAGAAGAUGGUUUGAUAAAAGCCGCGGGAAUUUCAUAAUCGAUUUUAAAGGAAUAUUUUAAUUGACACAGUCGGAGAAUAAAAAUGCUACUAUACGAGCGUGUGACAUUGAAACUGAAUGUAUGAUAACUUGUUACGUAUCAUAUUAGACGUGUUAUGAAGAAUAAUUUUAAUGUACAUCUCAUACCUAGAUGCGUCGGAAGGUAAACGCGUUUCUAACUUCUAUACGCGCCGCGUCGUGACCUCCGUGACAGUUGGGAUAGCAGGGGAGCAUGGGAACUGUGGUGGUCCCAGUGGUCCCGAAAUCUGGCGUGACUCAACCGGAUUCUAGCUUUGUUUUUCUAUCGCAAUAAUAAUACAGUUACAGUUACGUUGUAAACUGGCCCGUGUAACUAGCCGCACACGUUGACGUUUACUCAUGUACAGAUAUUGCAUAUCGGUUGUGAAAUUUCAGAGCUUUGGCGUUUGAGAAAAACCUUUGUUUUCGGGUGCAAGGGAUAUCAUGUGAUACACCGUAAAACGAGAAGGAGAAUAGAAGUGAGUGCGUAAUGUAACCGUAGGUCGUCUGGUAAACGUCUGCCGUCAAUUCCAUGGAAUUAGUUCACUUUUAUUCGCAGCGUGCAGCUGCAGCAGCACGACGACGCGGCAUAAUCGGAUGCACGACGUAAUAUGUUGGGUAUAUCUACGUUACAGGGAGAUAGAUAGAUGGAACGGUGCUUAUUGCGAGCGACUAUACGUAUACUAUACGGGUAACGUACAUUUUUGUCGAAGCCAACAAACAACAAACGGCGUUACCGAGUUACGAGUCAGUACAUACGUCUGAUUCUAUGCAUACCAUUACGAUGACGCGUUUCGCUUGUUAGUUUUAUAACAACGUUCGAAAACAUCGCUGCUGUAAAGAUUCUUGAAAUAUUGAAGAGCUGCGCGUUCGAUCGAAGAGCGAAAUCCCCGUGCGCCUUGACUUGUCAUUGUGAGAUCGCCUUAUUCGUAGGCAAAUUUAAAACGCGUGUCCCUAAUGACGACAUACAAUCGAAAUACGAAAUUUGACAGCUAUCAUUCAUUGUCAGUAAACAACAUCGUGUUUUGUUUUAUUAUUUGUAUGGGAUCGUUGUUCGUCGUCGGGGAUACCAGCGGGCAGGAAUUGAAGACUUUGACGACCUGCCAAUAUGACAGCGACUGCGUGGAAAACGCAUACUGUUGGGCGCAGCAAUCCUGUCUUUGUAAGGAAGGAUACCUAGUCGACAAAAACCGCACUCAUGUGCAAUGCUUGUUGAUCGCCACGCAGUUCGGGGACCCUUGUACCAUGGACGUGCAGUGCCGCGUGACAUUCACCGCCCAGGCGAAGUGCCGGGAUGGGUUCUGCGGCUGUUCCGAGGCUUCCCACUUCCAGGCUGGUCGCUGUUACGAAUCUAAACGUAUCGGACAAAUUUGUCAGGUUUCGAACAAUUGCCACAUCCAAGAUUCGCCGAGCUACUGCGUUUCCGGUGUCUGCACGUGCCCCUUCCAACAUCAUCCGAACGCGGACGGAACACGAUGUCUGAGGAGUUCGUUUCUUGGAGACGGUUGUUCCGGGGACGAAGAGUGCGUAGCUCAGAAUUCGAGGUGUUUGGACGUAUGCCGUUGCCAAGUAGAUCACGUGAUAUCCGCGGAUCAGAAACGCUGCUUGAAAGCAGCCAACGCCGUCGGAGAACAAUGCGAGAUAGAUUCGCAGUGCAAGGCUUUCAUGAGUAACGCGGAAUGCAGAGAAGGUCAAUGUUUCUGUGUAAAAAAUUACCAUCAGAGGGGACCCGUCUGCAUGCGGAGCGUCAUGCUGAAUCACGAGUGUUCCGAUUCCCGUCAGUGCGUAACACCGACUCAUAAGGAUUCCAAUUCUUCCGAAAUCACGAACGUCGAUUGCGUUGACGGAACCUGCGUCUGCACGGCGGAUUACACGGCUACCGAGGAUUCGCUGGACUGCAUUAGAUUCAGUGAAAAUGGAGCAUCGGGAUUGGACUUGGCGUCGGUUGGAUUCGUUCUAAUUUCAUCGGUAUUAUCGCAACUCUGCAGUCUCCGUAGCGUUAGUUGAAAUA